CGGAGCCCAGAGCACACGCGUCCUUGCCGCUGGAUCCGGCCCGCUCAACCCCCGCCGCCGCCGUCGCGUCCGGCAUGCCCGAGCUCGCAGCCGGCGAUCCGCGCAACGGAGGAGCCGGCGGCGGUGGCUCCUUGUGCACGACGAGCUGGUGGUGCUGCUGCUGCAGAGCUGCGACGCGCUGACGCGGGUGGGACGUGCCCCCGAAGCAGCGCGAGAGGCGGCGGAGCAUGGACGGAGGAGCGUGGCGGUUCGGUCGCGCAACAGGAGGCCCAGCUUUCCGUAACCCUUGGGAUCUUCCCGUCUCGUAUUAAACGUGGCAACGGUUCGUCCCUAGAUCCCCGUAACCCCAAGCGGUACCCGGAGAUUUGCGCCCUGAUCCUGAUCGAUCAAAAGGACUCGACGCCCCCGCCGCCGCACGCCGCCGCCCCGAUCGAUCGCGCCGCCGCCCGCGCCAGGGAGAGGUGCUCAUCGCGCAUUCCGCGCCCGCUCGCCUCGCCCCCUCUGUCUGGUUCGUCUGUGCUUCCUCGGCCCCUCCUUAGCCCCCCUGCAGCUCAGGCCUGCUUCCCUCGCGGACGAAAGGCUGAUCUGAGUUGGAUCAUCCUCGGCACUCAACUUCUCUUCAGCAAUGGUGUUCUGUGCUCACUGUCAGGAUGACUGCCCGUAUAUACAGGACCCUGACAACGGGAUCACAUGUUGUGGAAUGUGCGGGAAGGUUUUUGAUGAGCACAUUUUUGAGGUUGGGCCUACUUUUGUCAAGAACUCCUCGGGACAGAGCGAAAUAGCUGGAAAAAUAAUUGAAGGCGUUGGGAGUGGCUGUUCGAUAUCCCGUGAAAGAACUGAAGCAAAAGGCAUCUCUUCAUUGCAUUUCUUAUAUCUUAUCUCAUUAUGCACACUUAGGAUUUAUGAUGCUGCUGUUGUGCAUGUCUGUGAGGCAACACUAUUUAAGCGCUUGGUAGAGUUUGAAAAUACAGAUUCUGGUAGCUUAACGAUUGAGGAUUUUUUGGCAAAGGCUGAUGAAGAGACGGUUCCAAAUUGUCCAGCCAAGUAUGGAGAAGUCCUUUGUGAGCACAAGGGUGCUGAGUAUUUUUCUCAUGGACUUUGCGAGGAAUGCCACUACAAUUUCACUGAGCUGUCAGGUGGACUGGAGGGUGGUGCUGACCCUCCAGCUUUUCAGCGAGCUGAAAAAAAAAGACAUGAUGCUGCUAAAAGAGCUAAGGAUUCUUCUGUACUCGACGCAACAUUAUGUGAGUUACAUAGUUCUGAUGUUGAGCAUAACAUCAUGAGCCCUGGGAAGAACUGUGUAGGCAAAUCUUCGACAGGUAGUUCCAGUCAAACUGCAAAUGAUUUUGAAGCUCCCAUCAAUCCUGAAGUGGAAGGUGAAAAUGGUAAAGCUGAUUCUGAUCCUGGAAAUCUUUCUGAUAUUGAUGAUGUGGAGGUUGACGGGUAUCUUCACAAUGAGGAAGAAACACAGAACAAAAAGAUUAUCUGGGAGGAAAUGAACAAAGAAUACCUAGAGGAACAAGCUGCAAAGGAAGCUUUAGCGGCUGAAUUGGCAGCGAGAGGUAUAUCUGUUGGAGAGGGACGACCGAAGAAACGGAAACGUAAGGAGGACAAGAACUCCACACCUGCUGAAACACCAGCAGAAGCAACAUGCAACAUGUUGAAACGGAAGGGACUUGGGUCAAAAAUCAAUGUUGAAGCCAUUAGUGGAUUGUACAACACUGAAGAUGAAGUUAGCAAAGCAAAUGGCAAAGAUGACCUACACUUUGACGAGGAAUAUGAACACAAUGUCGGUUAUGGUGAAACAUUUGAUGCUAGUUAUGACUAUGGUCACGAUGCUGAUUACAACUACGAAGGCUACAUUGAUGAGGGUGGUGGCGGAGGCUAUGAUGAUUGUCAUGACGCUGAUUACUAGUAGCAGUUUUCUGCAGAGUGGCAACCUGACCAAGAUCUGUUCCGACUACCAAGGCGAACUGAAAAUCUUAUUCUACCUAUACCAAGGACUUAAGUUAUAGUAGAUGCAUAAACUGACACCGAAUCUAGAUUUGUGGACCACAGUAAGACUGCUCUCUUAGAAAAAGUUUCCGGUGCAAAGUUCUAAAAAGAUGAGUAAUCCACAAUAAGACUGAAGAGACCAAUUCCUUUCCCCGGGACCAAUUUCUUUGUAUCUUUUAAAACAUCAUCUGAAAUAACA